AUGAGUUAUAACAAUAACUAUCAGAAGAAAAAGAGGCCCGGAAUUAUUAUAAACCCACCAACACAGUCAACUUUGGAUGUUGUUGAUCUUGCAGAUGAAGAUGUAUCUUACGAUGAAGACUUUGAUCCCAACAAGACUUAUAUGCCUUCUCCACAAUACUGGCAACGACAAUCAUCCAACAAUAGAAGCAAUGAUAACAACAGUGUUGAAAUUCCAGCAUUUCCACAAGUUAGAGAUAUCCUGCCUGAACGAUUCCUGAUUCAUUCAGAUGAAGGACUAUACAACAACAGAAAUACUAGAAGAGAUAUAUUUAAUGUUCUACAUUUGAGUAGAUCAGCUUCCCCCCUGAGAUCUCCCAGAGAACAAACACCCGUAACACCCAAUAUUGGUCAUGCUUUAGACGAUGAAGAUCUAGAAGAGUUACAAGCAGGUUUACAUUAUGCUUUGGGGACAAAAGAAGAGCAACCAAAUUGGUUUCCUGUAACCACACCCAUAAAAGAGCACAGUAGUGGCUCAAAAGAACAUUUACCAAGCCCAAACACCAGUUUUGUCAAUCACACAAAUAAUAUACCAAUGGAAGACCUUUCAACUAAACGUCCGCAAUUCCGAUCUUUCAAAAGUCAAGAUUCAACAGCUACACGAAACAACCCAUCGUUGGAAAUAAACACAGGGAUAGAAAAUGAAACUACCCUUGAUCCAAAUCUAUUGGAAACAGGAUCACACUUGUCGGUAGGAUCUAGAGAUGGUUCUGCGUCUCCGAGAUUCGCAAGUGCUAUUGCGAGAAUAUCAGACCGUAUUGCAGGAUCAGGGAAUAACCGACGAAAGAAUGACGGUACCGAUAGAUUAGAUGCCACAGAUUCCCAGGCUAGUUUACCGUUACGUACACCAGUGAGUGAACAUUUCACAUUUUUUAGCGAGCCAAACCAAUCUCCCCCAAAGAGUGUCAGAACAGUGCCAGAUGUGAGAAUUACAGAUACGUUUGGACAACAGUCUAUCAACGAUUCAAAGGGAUUAGGUUUAUAUGUUAAUACUACCAAUAGACUGAAUGCUUCCACUGAAGCAGCUGUUGAGUCACAACCUGACGUUUCCUUAUUACAUCAAGCAAAGUCAGCUCUUAAAAAAGAUCGUACAAAUACAGACUUCCAGUAUCAAGAUUUUGACACCAUGCAUCUAUUUGGUAACUCCUUGGGUAUUUUCUCACCAAAGUCCAAAAUCAGACAAGCUUGUUACAAAAUAUUCGAACACAACAUAACAAACGUUGUGUUUCUUGUUAUUUUAUUUUUACAAGUGGCAUUACUAGCCUAUAGACAAUGGAAUCCUGCUGCUCUUGAAGGUUACAUGUAUGAUGGAUACAAUUGGGCAGAUUAUAUUUUAAUUGUCAUCAACAUUAUCUACACAUUUGAGAUUGUGGGUAAGAUAAUUGCUUAUGGAUUUUAUAACGACAGAGUAAUGUAUGAAGAAUUAGGGUUGAAUUAUCCAGAAAAUGGAUUCAAAAACCAAUACUUCAACUUGAAUUACUUCACAAGGAUUUUAAAAAAUUUCCAACAUGGUAAAUUGAAACAUAAGACUAAAGAGCCAGCCAAAUCACAGAGGAAUCAUCGUAUGCAUAAACUGUCUUUAAGUGAAGAUAGCGAUGUUAGAGAAAUAAAUCUCAAUGAAAGUAACGAUAAUUCAUUACUUCAGAACCAGAAUGAAUCUUUUGAUUUGAAAAACAAGUACCAGAUGCACCUGCAUCAUUAUGGGAAGUAUACCCCACUAAGUUCAGAUGAUUCUCAAGAAUCUGACGAUAUAAACACAAAUAUUCCACCUCCUGUUCGUAAGCUUCAAACAAAGAAUACGUUUUUCAAACCAAGUCAGAACACAUUUGAUAUGUUGAAUUUGAAAAGAGCAUUCUUAAGAAGUAGUUGGCAAAGAAUUGAUUUCAUUUCAGCUAUAGCCUUUUGGAUAUCAUUGUUUAUUUCUAUUGAUCAUUAUGAUGCAGAGCAUCAUAUUACAAUUUUCAGAGCCGUUAGUUGUUUUCGUAUAUUGAGACUUGUUAACUUGACCACUGGUACCACCACAAUUUUGAAGGCAUGUAAAAUUGCCAUCCCCCAGUUGAUUGAUGUGUCUAUUUUUAUUACCUGUUUUUGGCUUUUCUUUGGAAUUAUUGGUGUCCAGACUUUCAAGUCAUCGUUAACAAGACACUGUGUUUGGACUAACCCUGAUGAUCCAACUGAAACUUAUAUUAAUGAAGAGCAGUUUUGUGGAUCAUACUUGGGGUUGGAUGGAUCAAAGAUGCCUUAUUUAAUGAGAGAUGGUCUGCUGUCUGACGUUAUAAAAGGGUAUCGAUGUCCCAAAUAUUCGCAAUGUAUCUCAGGGGAAAAUCCAUAUAACGGAACAUUGAGUUUUGACAAUAUCUUACAGUCCUUGGAGAUUGUAUUUGUAAUUAUGAGUGUGAAUACCUUUAGUGACCUUAUGUAUAAUACCAUGGAUACAGAUAAUAUCGCGGCAUGUUUGUUCUUUAUUGGCUGCAUUUUCGUCAUGACAGUUUGGUUGAUUAACGUCUUUAUUGCCAUUAUUGUUGCGUCGUUUAAUAUCACCAGAAUGGAGGUUGCUGAAGAACGUAAGAAAAAGAAGGAAGGAAGAAGAAUCUUCAGAGUUUUUGGAUAUGCAGACGAGGAUUUGUCAAUGCAUGAUGACAGAAUCGAGUUUUUAAAGAAACAGAACGUGUUAUUGAAAUGGUAUUAUAAAUUUGAAUUCAUAUUUAUAAUCCUCAUUAUAGCUGAUUUAUUUGCUCAAUGUUUCCGAAAGCAUGGUAUGGAUGAAUUUCGACGUCACACGUUAUACCGACUUGAAUCAACAUUUACUGGAAUUUUUGUUGCUGAAAUCAUUUUCCGGUUUUUGAUCUACUUCCCACAUUGGAGAAUGUUUUUCAUGUCCAAAAGAAAUUGUUUUGAUUUGUUUUUGGCAGUCAUCACCGGUAUCAUAAUUAUUGGGCCGGUGAAAAAUGCUCUUGGUCAGGCUUAUUACUGGUUAACUGCAUUUCAGUUGUUGAGAGCUUAUAGAGUUGUAUUGGCAACUUCGAUUACUAGAAACUUAUGGCUAAAAAUAAUGGGGAAUUUCAAAGCAUUGUUUGAUUUGACUUUGUUCUUCUUCAUCUUGUUGGCUUUGGUUAGUAUUAUUAUUGCAAGAUAUUUUGAAGCCAAUGUUCCCGAAGAAGAUGUUGAUGAAGUUGAUUAUCCUAUGAAUACUUUACCAGGGGUGUUUAUUGCAUUAUAUGUUAUUACAUCUACCGAGAAUUGGACAUCAGUUCUUUAUGCUAUGCAAAGCUAUGCCAGGACCACAUCUUCAAGAUCUUUUGGAGCGGUUUUCUUAAUCUCAUGGUUUAUUUUGUCUAAUAUGAUUAUUAUGAAUAUUUUCAUUGCUGUUAUUGCAAAAACUUUAGAAGUAUCAGAAGAGGAUAAAAGAAAACAACAGUUAUUACAAUUUAUUGAUACUAUGACCAACAAAUUACAAUACAUUGAAGAAGAAUCAGGCUUACUAGCCAAGAUCAAGAAGAAAAUAUUCAGACGGAAACAUGUUAAGGACGAAUUAGAGCAAGCAGUGGUCAAUUUACUCUUAAGUGGUACCGCCGUUAAUGAUUUCUUGGAUACAGAAAACCAGAAAGAGCACGAUAAUGAUAAUGAUAAUGAUGAGGAUGAGUUGAUAGUAUUGCCAAACUCUACAUGGAAGCGAUGGUUAAACAUUAGCUAUUGGAGAACCCGAAGUUUUUUCAGAAACCCAUUUUAUGGCGAAGGUAGAUCGAAAAGAACGGUUGUAUCAUUAGAAAAUUUUAACCCUGCUAAUUUUGCUAGAAAUAUAAUUAAGGAAAGGAAAAACAUAGUCACCAGACAAAAUGCAUUCUUAGAAUCAAAUCCAAGAUAUAAUUAUGUUUUUUAUGUGAUUGGGCCACAUCAUCCCCUCAGAAGAUUAUGUCAAAAAAUGGUGCAACCAAGUUAUGGUGAAAGAAUUGAUGGUGUUGCACCAUAUAAACCAGUUGCAGAUGCGAUGGUUGUUUUUAUGUUUAUUGCAACAAUCACUUUAGUUGUAAUUGCUUGUUAUAUGACACCGAUAUAUCGAAUGACUGACCGAGGAUUUGAUUGGACAUUUUGGUCGGAAUAUAUUUUUGUGAUAAUUUUCAGUAUUGAAUUUGCCAUUAAAGUUGUUGCUGAUGGGUUUAUAUUCACACCAAAUGCAUACGUUCGUUCGUCAUGGAAUUUAAUUGAUUUAGUGGUGUUGAUUUCAUUAUGGAUUGAAGCGAUUGCCUAUUUGAAGAAUGAUGGGAACUUGUCAAGAAUUGUUAGAGGAUUGAAGGCAUUGAGAGCAUUGAGAUUAUUAACAAUUAGUGAAACUGCUAAAGCCAACUUCCACAAUACAAUGAUUGCCGGGUUUUGGAAAAUUAUCAAUGCCGGGAUAAUCUCCCUUUGUUUGUUGCUUCCUUUUUCCAUUUGGGGAUUGAAUAUUUUCAAUGGUAGACUUGGAUAUUGUAUUGAUGGUGAGUCAGAUAUGAGUUCUUGUUAUAAUGAGUACUCAAAUGAGGUUUUCAACUGGACUGUUCUUAGUCCUAAUGUUUACACAAAUCCUCAAUUGCAUUUCAAUCGUUUUGCCAGUUCCUUUGCCUCUUUGUUUGAAAUUGUUUCCCUUGAAGGUUGGACAGAUAUGUUAUCAAAUGUAAUGGCAAGUACAGGUAUUGGCACACCCAAAGAAACCAACGCAUCUCCAUUUAAUGGGUUCUUUGUUGUCUUGUUCAAUUUUGUUAGUAUUGUUUUUAUUUUGACAUUGUUUGUUUCUGUCAUUAUUAGUAACUAUUCAAUUACCACUGGUAGAGCAUAUAUGACAAAAGAUCAAAUCUCCUGGUACCAAGUGAAAAAGAUUCUUGUCCAAGUUCGUCCAUCUCGAAGAAAGAAGCCAGAAAACCUCAAUUUUUUCAGAAGGUUUUGUUAUAAAAUGACGGUUGAGAAAAAUCCAAUAUGGACAAGGGUAUUAAACAUUGUUUUGUUUUUUCAUGUUUUAGCUUUGCUUAUGGAAAGUUUCCCAUCAUUGGAGGAUGUCAAUACAUUCAGAACAGUUAUUUAUACAAUUGCAUCAAGUAUGUUUUUUGUGAAUUCAACAAUGCUUGCAUUUGGUCAAGGUAUACGAACUUUUCUUCAUUACAAGUGGAACGUAUUCAACUUUGUUGUGGCAUGGGGUGCAUUUGCAACUACAGUUGCUUCUUAUAAUCUGAAUCCAUAUUCUCCAUUUCUCAAUAUUAACAAGUUAUUUUUGGUGUCGAUUUUGUUUUUUGUUAUUCCUAGAAGUAAUCGUUUGAGUCAACUUUUGAGGUUUGCAACAGCUUCAUUACCAUCAUUACUUUCGUUGGUUUUCACCUGGAUAAUUGUGUUUUUAGUGUUUGCUAUUGCCAUGAACCAAAUUUUUGGAUUGACUAGAUUAGGUCCAAAUACCACUGGGAACAUUAAUUUAAGAUCGGUGCCCAAAUCUUUGAUUCUUUUAUUUAGAUGCAGUUUUGGAGAAGGCUGGAAUUAUAUAAUGGAAGAUUUCACUGUUUCUGCACCAUUUUGUACAUCAAAUAACGGUCUUGAUCAUAAUGAUUGUGGUAGUAAACAAUAUGCUUAUAUAUUGUUUAUUGCAUGGAAUAUCAUAUCCAUGUAUAUAUUUUUGAAUAUGUUUGUUUCCUUGGUGGUGGAUAGUUUUGAUUACAUUGGGCAUAAGAAGAGUUAUAGUGAAUUGAUUAAACGUGAAGAGAUUCGAAAAUUUAAAAGAACUUGGCAACAAUUUGAUCCUGAAGGUACCGGCUAUAUUAAACCAAUUGACUUGCCAAAGGUGUUGCAUUCAUUAGAUGGGGCAUUAUCAUUUCAUUUUUAUACUGGAGUGUUGUCCAUUCCGGAAUUGUGCAAAAAAUGGAUUAUUAGAAAUAACCCUAAUGAUCCAUAUGAUAUAACUGUGAAUUAUGAUGCUAUUGAAUAUACUAUUGAACAAAUGGAUAUUCCUAAAAUCAGAGAGAGAAGAAAAGCGUAUGAAAUGUUUAUUGAAGAAGCAUUAUUGACGAUGGAACUAAAUGAUGAUCCAGGUAUUUCAUUUACAAGAAUAUUAUUGCAAUUGCCGUUGUAUACUGCAUUUGAUAUGAGCAAUUGUUUUAAUUUGGUUGAUUAUUUGGAUCGAAGAUUAUUGAUUCAGAAGGUUGUUAAACGAUUAAAUACCAAAAGGGUUUAUGAAACUAUUGCUACAUAUGCAUGUCGUUGGAAGUAUCAGAAAGACCGUAGAUUAGGAAUUUUUGACUCAAAUAUUGCUUUUGAUUCUCAAAUGAAGAGAAAUAGUUAUUUAACAAAUGAUUCAUUGAUAAUCAAUAAGCUGGCCCCAACAAUUUUUGUUAGUGAUCACCAUGAUUACGAAGACAAUAAUUUUGACAAUGAUAGUUUUUACAAACAUAAAGAACUGAUGGAGGAAUAUUAUACUGAUAGAAAUAAUCGAUCUAAAAUGACUAAAAGAGGUGCACAAAAUUCUGAAAAUCUUGAUCCAACAAGUGGAGUUUAUUAUCCAAGUUCACCGGUAACACAAUUAAGUAAUCCUCAUCAUGUCCAACCAAAUAAGCCGAAAUUAUUCAUUGAAAUUCCGUCGCUGAGUUCGAGAAAUCAAAAUGAAUCAUUACCAUAUCCAACAGCUAAUGAUGAAGAAGAAAUUAAAAUCUCCCCAUUUUUAAGUCCUCAAGAAGUUGAUGAAUUACAAAGUAGUAAAAAUGUUUCUUUGGUUGAUAUCAGUGAUAUUGAAGGAAUUUUAGAACAAUCAUCAUGGAAAGAUGCUAUGGGUGAUAUAAGAUCAAAAGAAAAUAAAAAGAAAUAG